AUGGGUAGCACCAUUAUUCAUUUUCAGUUCGUUCCUUUUUUCGGAGCUGACGAGCAAAAAGAAUUUGGUGUGGACUUGGAGGGAAGUCACAGUGAGAGGGGGGAUUCAUAUAGUGAGUGGAAGGAAGUCACAGUGAACGGGAAGUCGCACUCAGAGGAGGGAGGUCUAGUGACAGGAGGAAAGUCACGUUGUGAGAAGGGAAGUACACUUUCUCCACUGGUUCUGUUUUGCCACAGUCAGUACCAGAAACGUUUAUUACAAAGCAGUACAAAACGUUGCAGAAAAAAAAGAAACCUAAAAAACAACUUUUUGAAGGUGAAGCAGAGAUUGAAGACAACUGUUCCACCACCAUCACUAAAACCCAAAAUUCGAAAAAAGUCUACUAAUGGCUGGCAAGGGAUUGGUGAACAAUUUCAGAAAUCAGUGUUUUUACAGAAUGAUGCACCUUCCGUUGUAAGGAACUGCUACAGUGCUAUGAAACGAAAAGGUGGUGACAUCAUCAACGUGCUGGACUGUAUUCUUCUGAAGUCUGGACCCCGUAAAAUUGACCUUCCGUACAUAGCAAAAGUUGCAGCCAUAUGGGAUGACCCAGAGGAAGGUGAAUUGAUGGUCAGCAUUUUGUGGUAUUAUAGACCGGAACAUAUUGAAGGUGGAAGAAAACCCCAUCACCAUGAGGUUGAGUUGUUCGCAUCGAAGCACAAGGAUCAUAAUAGCGUAGCCACCAUAGAAGACAGGUGUUACGUACUCACGCUUGCUGAAUAUAACAGACACUGUAGAGUUGUUAAAAUGACGGCGGAAGGCAUCAAAAAUGGGAUACCGUUGGUUCCACUCGCCGAGGAAUACCCCCGAAAGGACCGACUUCCCUCAGAGUACAUUGAUAAGGAGCUGACGUAUUUCUGCCGCCAUGUUUAUGACUACAAACUGAAGAGAAUUUUAAAAAAUCCCUCGUGAGUUGAUAAUAAACAAAAUAAAUAUGAAUCGGCUUAUUAUCUGAAACUUCUUAGAAAAAAUACAUUUGUAAUGUAAAUAAUAUUGUCUUUUUACACCAUUUUUUUUUGGACCAGAAUGUUAAAUAUCCCAUCCUAUCCUACUCUGCCAUAUACAUGCACAAACAAAUUUAUUCUAUUUCCUGUUACUGAAUAUAUAUUUGUCAGAUUAUAUUUACUGGUUACCAAGGCA